CUCGCUCUAGCCGUCACACUGCUUUACGGUCCACCGGCCAGAGCCAGAGCUCACUGAGCGCUCUGCUGCUGCUGCUGGGAGGAGGCUUUUUACCCAGAUUUUGGUGUUUGACAGCCGGCUGUCAUUCAGGGAACAUCUACACGGUUACUAACUACAAUUCGGCUUCGUUGUUUCCUGUCCAAACGGACCGGGAGAUAGCAAGUUCGGCUCGGUUCGCUCAGAGCUGAGGGGAAGCAGAACAGACCCAGCCCUCCCUGAUCGGAGAGGGAAUCACGACCACAGCUCCAGCCGCAAAGACUCGUCUUCGCCUCCAUCAUGCAGACCUCCGUCCUUCUCCUCCUCUCCCCGAUCCUCCUCCUGUCUCUCCUCAUCCCCACCUGCUCCUCCCAGAGCGAGGCGGACCUCAUCGUUCAGACGCGUGCCGGUCGAGUCCGAGGCAUCCGCAUGCCGAUGCCGGACCGAAGCCAGGUCACCGCCUUCCUGGGCAUCCCCUUCGGCGAGGCACCGGUAGGGAAGCGGCGUUUCCGUCGCGCCGAGGCCAAGCGCCCGUGGACGGGGGUGUUCGAGGCCAACGAUUAUCCCAACGCCUGCUACCAGUUCGUGGACACGUCGUACCCGGGCUUCCAAGGCAGCGAGAUGUGGAACCCCAACAGAGACAUGAGCGAGGACUGCCUGUACCUCAAUGUCUGGGUGCCCUCCUCGCCCAGACCGCACAACCUCACCGUCAUGGUGUGGAUCUACGGCGGAGGGUUCUACAGUGGUUCCUCUUCUCUGGACGUGUAUGAUGGCCGUUACCUCGCUCACAGCGAGACGGUCAUCGUGGUCUCCAUGAACUACCGGAUCGGUGCCUUCGGCUUCCUCGCUCUGCACGGCUCCUCCGAGGCUCCCGGCAACGUGGGUCUGCUGGACCAGAGGAUGGCGCUGCAGUGGGUUCAAGACAACAUCCAUUUCUUCGGUGGAAACCCCAAACAGGUGACUAUCUUUGGUGAGAGCGCUGGCGGUGCUUCGGUAGGAUUCCACCUGUUGUCUCCAGACAGCCGGCCUACCUUCACCAGGGCCAUCCUGCAGAGCGGCGUCCCCAACUGUCCCUGGGCCUCGGUCAGCCCCGCUGAGGCCCGCAGACGGGCCACGCUGCUGGGUAAACUGGUCGGCUGCAACGGAGGCAACGACACCGAGCUGGUGGACUGUCUGCGCGGUAAAACCGCACAGGAGCUCAUCGACCAGGAGUGGCAGGUCCUGCCGUGGUCAGCCCUCUUCCGGUUCUCAUUCGUCCCCGUCGUGGAUGGCGAGGUUCUGCCCGACACUCCCGAGGCCAUGCUCAGCUCGGGCAACUUUAAAGACACUCAGAUCCUGCUCGGGGUCAACCAGGACGAGGGCUCCUACUUCCUGCUGUACGGAGCUCCGGGCUUCAGCAAGGACAACGACAGCCUCAUCUCCAGAGAGGACUUCCUGGAAGGCGUCAAGCUGGGCGUACCGCACGCUAACGAUAUCGGCCUGGAGGCGGUGGUGCUGCAGUACACCGACUGGAUGGAUGAGAACAACGGAGCGAAGAACCGCGACGCCAUGGACGACAUCGUGGGCGACCAUAACGUCAUCUGCCCGCUGGCCCACUUUGCUCGCUCCUACGCCCAACACAACGCCCUCAAGGCUAACAUGGGAGGGAUGAUGAACAGCGGAGGGAACUCACAAGGAGGAGUCUACCUCUACCUGUUCGACCACCGAGCGUCCAACCUGGCCUGGCCGGAGUGGAUGGGUGUGAUCCACGGCUACGAGAUCGAGUUCGUCUUCGGCCUGCCGCUGGUGAAGAGACUCAACUACACCUCAGAGGAGGAGAAACUGAGCCAACGCAUGAUGAAAUACUGGGCCAACUUUGCACGAACUGGAAAUCCCAAUGUGAACCAUGACGGGCUGGUAGACACCAAGAAGCGCUGGCCUCUGUUCACAGUCAGCGAGCAGAAACACGUCGGACUCAACACGGAACAACUGAAGGUCCACAAAGGUCUGAGGAACCAGAUGUGCGCUUUCUGGAACCGCUUCCUGCCACGCCUCCUCAACAUCACUGACAACAUAGACGAGGCAGAGCGUCAGUGGAAGGUGGAGUUCCACCGCUGGUCCUCCUACAUGAUGCACUGGAAGAGCCAGUUUGACCACUACAGCAAGCAGGAGCGCUGCACUGACCUCUAAGAGCCUCAGCAGAGAGAUGAGAGAAUGACGGGGGAGGGUUUGGGGAAGGCAGAGAGAACAAGCUGUGGCCAUUUCCCUCCAUAGCCCCUCAGUGAAGUCUAACUUCAUUAAAACUUUCUUCUUUUUUUUCUCUCUUGUUUCACUCCACACACAAACACAGGCACUGUUGAUCUUUAUUUGUAUUAUUUAUACUAUUUAUUUAUGUGUUUUUUUUCUGGAUUUGUGUGUGAAACUAAAGGGCUAUGGAGGGAAGUCGUCAUCAAUACGGAGGAAUAUUAGAAAAUGUCAAAGAUGUGUCAUUACCUCGGGUGUGUGUUUGUGUGCGUGCAUAUAU